CAAAUAUGGCGUCGCUGUGACCGCAGGGAAAAAAUUCUUGUAAUUGAAUGAAUAUUUUCGAUCAAAACUGAAAGUAGGUUGGGGAAAAUGAGUAAAAGAAGACGCGAGAAGGAAGUGGGAAUCGCAUUACUUGUCUCCACUUUGCAGAAAAAGGGCAUACAACUUGUAGCCAUAGAUUUUGACCAAACUUUGAUAACGUUUCAUUCCGGAGGAGUAUGGAAGGACAGUGUAGACAAACUGGUUCCUGCAGUUCGACCUUGUAUACGAGAUUUAAUGCAGACAUGCCUUGAUAGAGAUCUUAAUGUGUGUAUUGUCACCUACUUCAUGCAGCCUUGGGUUAUUCGUGAGUUGAUGCAAAAGCUGUUCAGAAGAUCUGAUGCUGAACGGAUUCUUGUGCAGGCGAAUACAGCAGCAUUUCGUGAAAAACACAACCAUGAGUUUCUUGGAAAGGAAGCACAUAUAGCUGCAAUACUUACAGAACUUUAUAACAAAGAUCACCACCUAAAAAUCCGUCCUGAAGAAGUUAUUUUAUUUGAUGAUGACCAGGACAAUACAGAUAUAGCUUUAAAAUUUGGACACAAGGCUUUCCUUGUAACUGAUGAUGUCAGUGAAAAAUUAUUUGAGGACUUUGCUAAGGAUUUAGAUGCGGCAGUAACAAGAAAAUCUUGGAUAAAGUAGGAUGAAAAGCAAUGCCAGCAUUAAACGUAAACAGGACUGUGGCAAGAAUUUUAUUCUGUAGUUGAUAUUUCUCUAGUUGAUCUUACUUUCACCAUUUGAGAUUAGAAGAAAACAAAAUGUUGGAUAGGUCUUUAAUGAAAUGGAUCUGUUUAGAUUUUUUGUGUAGAUCUGUACAUCAUGUUACAUUUUCUUACUCUCCGUUGCAUUGGUUCCAUUGCAUUUUAUCAUUCAUCUGUAAGUUAGUAUUUGCAUCUUAAUAUUGAAAAUGUUAACGCAUAUAUAGCAUAAUUUUAUCCAGACUUUUCAUGUUUUUUUUGUGCACUACUGCCACCUUAAAAUCUAUUGAUAGGACUUUGUUAUAAAACACCAAAUUCAGACAAAACCAUUUUCUUGACUUGUGUAUUACUGUAAGUGUAACCAUAUGUUUCAAGUAAACUGAUACAGGAAAAGAUGUAAAUGGUAACUUGGCACCUUACUUUGGUCCUUCAGAAAAUGUUUUUUUAGUCCUUUAAAUAAUGUCAGUACAAUGUCUGUCAUACUGAAUUUCAAGCUUGUGAGCAACUCUUGCCCGACAUAAUCAUAAAGCAUUCAUUAACUUGCCUGCCUUUUGGUUCAGCAUUAUUGUGAUUUUAUCUGUACAUCUUGUUUGUGUGUUAAAAUAUUUUGCUGUUACAUUGGUGAAUCAUUAUGGUUGUGAUUUUCUGAAGUAUUAUGAAAACUGGUACACAAAGUGAUUUCUUCAUGUAUAUCUUUGAUGAACAUGUCUUCUUAACCCUUAGCCUGCUGCAGGCGAAUUUAACAGCCUUUGCAAACAGCUUGGAACCAGAUCAGACGCCGAUUAAAUCGGCGUCUGAUCAGGUUCCAAGCUGUUUGCUACUCUGACAAUAUUUCUUCCAAUUUUGGAGCAAAUUGAAUGAACUUCACAAUUUUAGCAGACGAAUUUCCAGCAGACGACAAUUUAUCUAGCAUGCUAAAGGUUAAAGAGCUAAUAAGUAGUGAAGUAACACUUAGUUUUAUUAGAAAUUUACUCACAUUGCAACACUAUCCAUAGCUAAAUUUCUCUAUGUUACAUAUAUGUCUUCGGGGUUACAUUAAUUAAUAUUUACAUUCUCCCAAUUCGUUCUUUUUUUAAUUGAAGUAAUAGGUGGAAGUUGCAAAAUAGAGUGAAGUCUAGUGGUCUUCCCAUUUAGUUUAAUUCCUUUGGGAGAAUUGGCUGGGGCUUUAGUUAAAGUGGGGGGAAAUACCUGCCCCCCCCCCCCCCCACACACACACACACAACCUACACAUUUAACUAAACCCCCCUACUUUCUCAGGAUUUAUAUUUAUGGUAUGUAAAACCACAUGCCACACACAGUGUAUUUAUGGAAGUAUUCUUAUUCAUGAAAGUCAGUAAAAACGUUUGCAUAUUUUGUAUAUAACAAAAAUAUGAAAGCGAAUAUUUGCAUCAAAUUUCCAAGGACAUUGUCAUAUCUUAUUCACUGACUGUUGUUGUUUUUUUCUUGGGUCAUUAUAUAGCUGGUAGUACAUCUUAUUCCUGGUCGGAAAAACUAAAUUCUGACAUUAUUUCUCUUGCAGGCUUCAGCUUUGCUCACACUUGCUUUCAUGUCCGUUGCUUUUUGUCUAGCUAUAAUUGUUAUAUAUUAAUGUCUAAUAGACUGUAAUGGAGAUUUGAUUUAUUUAGUUGAAGGUUUUUACUAUAUAUAUAAAUGGUCAACUUAACAUAACAUUGUGCAUACUAAAGUGGCACCUCACUGGAUUUAUGUCAGAAUUUUCAAAAUUCAGAAACUAUCUCCAUCAUUUAGUAAAACUUGCAACAGGAAGAAGAAAUAAGAUGAUUAUGUGCGGUUAAUGCAGUAUUUAUUUAUAGAACACUCAUUUAAUUGAUAAAGUAUGUAGAGCAACUCUUGAAAGUGUUAGUCACUCAAUAGAAAUGUUGUAAAGCUUUUCCAGCUGCUACAUUAUAAUUUAUUCUUUCUUUACCUGUUCAAAGACCAUGACAAUUCUCCUGUACUUAAAGACAUCAACAUCAAGGCUAUAUUACAAUAGCGCAAUGCCAAAAUCGUAGAAUGGCUUUUUGUUUUACGUCCAUGACGUCAAACAUGUGAUAGAUAUAUUUUAAAAAAUAAUUUGUUAUAAAGUUUUUAUGUUUAUCUUAGGGCAGUGGUUAGUUAGAAAUAUGGAAAUUAUUGUUAGUGUGAUGAUCAAGGCCUGUAUUCUAUUCACAAUUUAAGUAUGAUUCUUAGACUUAAGAACUAACAAUACCCCUAAUUGAAUUUGACUGAGCUGUUUAUAGCUGCAGAAUACACAUUUAGGCAAAGUUUUAUUACAAUCUUUUCUGAUGUAACAGUGAUAGAACAGAAAGAAAUUUUAACCUUCAGCCUGCUGGCGACAAGUGUUUCAGUCUUUGCGAACAGUGCAGACCAAGAUCAGCCUGCAUAUCUAUGCAGGCGGAUCAUGGUCUGCACUGUUCGCUAUUCAAUCAGUAAAUUUCAGUAAACACCCCUUCGAAUAAUUAAUGGUACGACCCAAAUUGAAGGAUAGGCCAGUACAUUUUAGAAAUUUAGCAGGGUAAAGGUUAAAGACUAAGUUUUUAGACUUAGAAUGUUGAUGAAUGCGAGUCUUGAUUGUUGCAGUAUAAUAGAUACAUGUUGUUUUGCAGAAAGAAAAGAUUUAUCGUUAGAAUUCAUACAUCCAAGAUACACGUACAUGUUUUUCUUGUUAAUUGGUAUACAGUUAUAUUUGUUGAUGUUUGCUCAAGGUCUGUCUGUCUAAGUGUUGUGCAUUGUUAGGAUGUUUGAAGUUUGCAGAUUUUUCUAAAAAAAAAUACCUCACCUCAAAUCUUCGAUUCCUCUUUAACUUCUUAGCAAAUUAACUUAUCCACAGGAAAACCUCUAUUCAGGAAAUAUGGGUUAUUCAUUCCAGUAGUGUUCAUUUUAGACAGGUUGUACUGUAUUCAUCUUACAUGAAUGGCAUUACAUGUAGAUUCAAAAUAAAAUAAAAAUCUGCAAGUUUUUAGUAUUCUGACAGUAAAUAUAUGUUUCAUCACAGUUUAAGUUCAGGUUGAUAUUUUCAAAGACAUCUGAGGUAUAAAUCUCGUGCAUCGACAAUUUACGUUACAUUUUCAUGAAUUGACAAUUUACAUUACAUGCGUUGACAAUUUACGUCACAUUUUCAUGCAUUGACAAUUUACGUAACUUUUUCAUGCAUUGAAAAUUUCAGUGUUAUGCUUAUAAAAAUUUCUGAAGUAAUUCCUCUUUUUGUAUUGUUUGUUUCCAAUAUUAAAAGCAAUAUCUAUUUUUCAGUACAAGAGCAAUAUUUUUUAGGCUCAUAUUUAAAUCAUAAAACUUGUUUCCUUACAAGAAACUAGCUUGUUUGUAUUAGAGGCAUUUUCAGUUGUGUAGAUCUUCUUAGUUUAUUUUUGAAAUAUACACAUCCUGAGUGAACCUGUUGAUUCAUUUUGUUAAGUGUCGGUAUUGGUGUUUUUGUUGACCAUCCAGAGUUAAAAUUAGCUGGGGAAAUCCCAUGGCCGUCUGUUCUAAUUGACCAAACAGUUGUAAAUAGCUGGGGGAAUUCCCUGGCAGUCAGAUAUUGUUAACCACCAAGAGUUAUGAAUAGCUGGGGAAAUUCAUUGACUUGGAUCUUACUGAUCAUUUACAGUUAUAAAUAGCAGGGGAAAUCCCCUGGCACUCAGACCACCCAGAGUUAUAAAUACCUUGGGAAAUCCUCUGGCACUUGGAACUCACUGACCAUCCAGAGUUAUAAAUACCUUGGGAAGUUCUCUGGCACUUGGAACUUACUGACCAUCCAGAGUUAUAAAUACCUUGGGAAAUCCUCUGGCACUCAGAAUUUACUAACCAUCCAGAGUUAUGAAUAGCUGGAGAAAUCCCCUGGGCAUUGGAUCUUAAUUAUCAUCUGGAGUUAUAAAUAGCUUGGGAAAUCCCCUGGCAGUUGGAUCUUACUGACCAUCCAGAGUUAUAAAUACCUAUUAGUGGGAAAAUCCCCUCGCUAUGAGAUCUUAAUGAUCUUCUGGAGUUAUAUUUAGCUGGGGAAAUCACAUUGCCUUUUGUCCAUACAGUUUUACAAGUAUAUACAUAUCAUUCAAAGAUACAACAGUUAGCUAUUAUCAACAGGAAAGUCACACGGUAUAUUUUCAGUUUGAAAUGUUUGUUCACACACAUAUUUUAACUUGCACUGCAUGCUUGUGUAGUAAAACCAUAUUACCAGUAUUAUAUCCCUAAAAAAAUUUAAAGUAUUUGAUUAAAUCAAACAAGAAGAAGAAAUAAUUUUGCAAGUUCAUCUAAGUUUUGACUGCUUUAGGCAGAAAUUUCAAACAUUGUCAGUGAGUGUUUAUAUUUAGUGAUUCUCAUUUGUUCUUAAGGAAAUGGAUUGAAGGGUAAAUAAUUUCAAUAUAAAUAUGGUACGUUUAUAUCUUUUUUGUUGUUGUAUGUAACAAGCAUAAUAUAUUUGAUAUUUGAAUAGUUUACCACUUAUUUAUUAUACGAUUUUACAUAUAACAAUUACAAGUAGAUAGGGCAUUUAUGCACUGCUGUGCUUUCAGCUGUAUUUUGUUUUUGUUUUCUUUGUUGAGAAUGAUAUUUAACGUAAUUAUCUUACUUUAUGUGAAACAUUACCACACACAGAAAAUCAGUCUGUUUAUUUGAUGAGAUUUUGGUUACACCGGUAAGGAAGUAUGAAAGAUAGUCGGAGGCCCAAUUUUCAUGCUAAUGUUCAACAGAACUGUGACUGAAAGUUCUGUGAUGUACAUAAUACUGGUAUACCAUCAGUUACAUGUACAUUUUGAGUGUGCAUUUCUAUAGUUGAGUGUCAAUAAAAUCUUUAGUUAGUUAUUUAGAAAUAAAGAAGAGUCUUCAUAUUCUUGCAGAAAUUAUUUCUUUACUUAAGUUGUGAAAAUAAAUACUUUUUUCCUUUGCUACUUUAGGCUAAACUUUUACAUAAUUAUGAUUUUUCAUAGUUAGUCUUGUUCUUUUCAUGAUUAUUCAUUUAGCAUUUAAACACUUCAUGCAUUAUGUUGGACUUAAAACAGUUCAUAAAUAUAAUUUUUCAUAUUUCUGAAUAUAAAGCUACCAUGAAAAGAAUUUUAGAAACCAAAGAAAUGUUGUGGAAAUCAAGAAUUUAAAGUUUAUCCACUUCAGUUUGUCACACAUUCAUUUCUUAGUAAUUUCUUUUUUGCAUGUUUUUUUUUUUAUGGACAAGGGUUGUGUUGGUUUAGAGUUUGAUGGACAGGGUUUUUUGUGGUUUUUAUUUGUGUUCAUUAUUUUUGUUCCUAGUCUUGUAGAUAAAUUAUGUAAUUACCUAAAUUAAUGUCUUGAAAGUUGUCGGGCUAAAGUUGUCCUUAAAUUAGUUGGAUAUUGAUAGUGCAUUCUUCUUUCAUACUAGACACCAGUUUAAACUAACUACAAUUUAUAAAGUUUAACAAAGAUGCAAUUUCAUCCGAGACUUAACUGUUAGUAAGAAGUACUUAAAAAUCACUGGCUUUAUUUUAGUUCUUCUAUUAUUUGUAGAAUAAAGUAUGUAAGAAAAAGAAUCUUUACACUGGUUGUAGGUGCAGAUGGUACUUUGUUGCUCUCUGGCAGUCCCACUGUGUGACUCAAACUACAUAGGACUGUAUAUUCCCUAUCCCAGUAUAUAGGUUUCAAGUACAGGUAUGUUUAUAAAUGAGCAUGGCAAAUAUCCAAGAUAGGAUAAUCUUUCUUGGCAAACGUUAAUCAGGGUUUCAGCAGUUACUCUCAGAUCCGAUAUUCCCAUCCCCACCUACAGGCAAGAAAGAUUCUUGUAUUCUUUCCAAUCUAAAAAAUAUAAUUUCUGAGCAGUGGCAUUCAAAUCUUAAAACCAAAUUUUUCAACAGUUUUGAACAGCCUUAUUUUUGGAUAAUUUUACCAAAACCCAUAAUGUUUAACUUUGGCUUGUUUAACUAUUAGCUAUAUAACAUAUUUGUACCCCCCGACAACAAAGUUGUAAGGGGGGGUAUACUGGUUUCAGGUUGUCUGUCCGUAGACGCAAUCUUGUGCGCACCAUCUCUCCUUAUCCCCUUGACACAAUUUAAUGAAACUUCACACAAGUGAUCAGUUCUAAUAGUAGUUGUGCAUGGGGCAUGUUAGGUUCUUUUAGAAAAAAAAAAUUGCAGAGUUAUGGGACUUUGUUUUUUUGUUACUAUACUAUAUACAUAGACACAAUCUUGUGCGCACCAUCUCUCCUCAUCCCCUUGACACAAUUUAAUGAAACUUCACACAAGUGAUCAGUACCAACAGUAGUUGUGCAUGGGGCAUGUUAGGUUCUUUUAGAAAAAAAAUUGCAGAGUUAUUGGACUUUGUUUUUUUGUUACUAUACUAUAUACAUAGACACAAUCUUGUGCGCACCAUCUCUCCUCAUCCCCUUGAUACAAUUUAAUGAAACUUCACGCAAGUGAUCAGUAACAACAGUAGUUGUGCAUGGGGCAUGUUAGGUUCUUUCAGAAAAAAAAUUUGCAGAGUUAUGAGACUUUGUUUUUUUGUUACUAUACUAUAUACAUAGACACAAUCUUGUGCGCACCAUCUCUCCUCAUCCCCUUGACACAAUUUAAUGAAACUUCACACAAGUGAUCAGUAACAACAAUAGUUGUGCAUGGGGCAUGUUAGGUUCUUUCAGCGACAAAAUUUGCAGAGUUAUGGGACUUUGUUUCUUGUUAACAUACUAUGUACAUACAGUCUGCAUAUGCAAUCUUGUGCGUGCCUAAUCUACCAAACCCUUGCACACAAUUUAAUGAAACUUCACACAAGUGAUCAGUACCAACCCUAGUUGUGCAUGGUGCAUGUUAUAUUCUUUUAGAUAAAUAUUCUGCAUAGUUAUGGGACUUUGUUUUUUGUUACUGUACUGUAUACAUACAGUCUAUAUACAUACAGUCCACAUAAUUAUGCAAUCUUGUGUGCGUCAAGUUGCAAUGUACUGUGUCAGUGCAUGCGGGGGGUACAUUCAUCACCUUUAGUGAUAGCUCUAGUUUAAUUUGUGUGAAAAAAAAAGACCUUAAAUCAGGCUGUUGUAGGUUCGAGUCCCUGACAAAGUGCAUUUUCUCCGAGUAGCGGGCAGAGUAUGUUUUUUUGCAAUGAAGAGUCAUUCCUCAUUCACCACUGAUUCAUGUGGAGAAGUCUUAUAGAUCAGCUUUAUGCAUCGAGGCGUGUCUGCACUUUUAGCUCAUAACAAUACUGCGGUAAGCGCCGAGGAUAGCGGAUUAGUCACGCCUCACUUAUUGACGUUGAACAAUAGUUUAAGAUAAGGAAAAUAGGUAAAUACUGAUGAGGAAUCAAGGAACAAUACUAAGGUUAACUGGUCUAUACAUAACUGAAUUGGUGUUUAAACCAACAUAACACAUACAUACUCUGAAGUAUUGCACAAGUAUAUUGUUACACGUAGAUUAGCUUUUUGUUUAGCCUGUAACAAAAUAACAGAGAUGCAUCAUUCAUGCAUCUGCGCAGUCUGGUCAGGAUCCAUGCUGUUCGCUUUUAAAGCCUAUUGCAACUAGGGAAACCGUUAGUGACGAGCAUGGAUCCUGACCAGACUGCGCUGCGCAGGCUGGUCUGGAUCCAUGCUGGUCGCAAACCCACUAUGUUGGUUUUCUCAUGGCGUGGCUCAUAUUUUACUUAACACUGGACUUCACUGUAAAUUUGUUUGGUCAAGGGUUGUGAAAAUUUUGAUCUUUUUUUCUUCAUUUCUUCAUUUACAGUAAGAUACUGAUUGUUCGAGGUUGCAAUGUGACGAGCAAAAUGCUCAUGUAAUCCUGGGUUUCUAGCAAUCCAAAUAUAGGGUACAUGUAUAUAAGGAAAAUGGCUGUGGACCACCAAAAUUGCCUGGGACAGCUUUAGUAUCUCACUGUAUGUCAGUACUUCAGUAUAAACCCUGUUGUAACUUCGGAAAGUUUUGUUCCCCCGAGAUAGAUUCAGUAGAAUUUUGUACGUUUUCGACUUUUAUUGUUAAGUUUUAUCAAAACCAUUUACAUAAGUUUUCAACUUUAAUUAAGUGCCUGGUGAACAUUUAUUUACCAAAAUUGUGAUAAAAUUAGUCAUUUAUAAUUUAUUCAACAUAGAAAGUUAAUUAGAUUGUCUUCUACUACAAUGGAGUAUUUUCAGACGUUAAAUCAGUUGGUUAGAUGCUAAAAUUUUUGACUGUUUGAAAGGUAUAUGUAAGAAUUAUUGACUUGCAAGUCAAACAGUAGCUAUGAAGUUGGUACAUGAUUUUUAUUUUAAGUUGGGCUCUAUUUUUUGGCUUCAGCAUUAUUAGGAUGAAAUAUUUUAUAUUUAAAAAAAUGUCUCAUUUAUUCAUAUCAGAUGUGUCUCGGUUAAAUCUUGAGCCAUUGUAGAUUUAACAUAAUGAAUUGAUUCAUAUCUAAUAUUGUGUUUGUUGCCCUAAAUCCACUUUAUUGUGCACAAUUAACACAUUUUGCAUGUAAUUUGUUAAGUUAUACGUCUUGAUAUGUUUAAUUGUGUAAUAAAAAAAGAAAGAAAAUAUUA